GCAAAGAGAAUAUAGAGUGCGCGUUCACGCGGCGGGGUGGCACGGCCCGACAACGACAGCAGCCCAUUUAGGGUUGUUCGUUAUUUGCUCAGAAGUCCUCUUGACUACCCCUAACUUUUAACAGAUUUAGCGCUGGUUUUUGCGCUAAAACCCUUUGUGAGAUACUCUUAGGACAAACAUUUAGGACUCCUAAAUGAAUACUGAUACGCCCAUUGUUUUUAAGAAUGUAUCCUAAAUCAACACGGUUCAACUCAAUGAGAGCCUGAUAAUUAGUUCACAAGUUGAAUCAGCUGUAGGGCCUACAAUGAAAUUGUUGUACUGUUGGGGGGGGACUAGACCAGAGUUAGGAACCACCUAUUAUCGUUAUUAAAAAAGGUAGGGUAAACGAGUUUUUAAAACGGAAAGAAACUGAAAACACAAAGUGUGUAUCCUACUCUUUAUCUGGAUCUAUAUCUCUGUCGUCCUGAUAGGACGUUUUGUGAGAAAGCUGUUGUCGAGCAAACUAAUACAACCGAAAGUACUGCGGUGCGGUAGCCGUGAACUGAAUCUGCGCAUCCAGGGUAGCCUACUAGUUAGCGACACUCGUAGACCGAUGCCGACCCUGGUGUAAAUUAAACUGUCUAUGCAUAGCCUACAAUGAUUUUCUGAAACCAUUUUAACAUUUCAACAGAAAAGGGUAAUCGAUGGCUCAUCAACCUGAAUUGCACGUAGUCAGUCAGUCCACUCCCUCCUAAGCCCGACACAGUAUUUCCUGUUAGCAUUUCAUCAUAUCUAGACAGUACGGGCUUGAACGUCUCAUUUGGUCUUAAAGCAAUAGGCCUACUUUCCGGCAGCAGUCAAAGUUGAUGAUGGAUUCAAGAACCGGUGUCGAGAUACUGAGUUCUUUGGAGCGGAGUGACCACACUGCAUUCGUAGAUGGGAACGUUCUUUACGUGUGGGGAGGCUGUCAGUCAGUCUCAGGAUCCGAAAUAAUGUUACCCAGUGAUGAGAUUUGGCUGUGCGAUUUGGAGAGUGGAGCAUGGGAGCGGAGGGGGAUUGAGGGAGAGCCCCCACCAGCCCUUUCAGGCGCCUGUGGUUCAUAUCACAAUGGCUCUCUCUACGUGUUUGGAGGGUGUGACCCCAACGGACACACCAACCAGCUUUACAGUGCCAGCCUGCUGGACGGUUGCUAUACCUGGAAGAGAGUGAAAGAUGCCCAGGGGAACACCCCUUCACCCAGAGACAAACACACCUGCUGGGUACAUAGAGACAGGCUCAUCUACUUUGGAGGUUAUGGAUGUAAAACCAUCAGAGAGGUCAACAACUCCAAGAGCUUUGCGGUUGAUGAAACGUCCUGGGCAACAAUUGGGACCGUCUCCUUUAGGUUCUGGGGCUGGAACAAUGAAGUCCAUGUUUUUGACCCAAGCACAGUGACAUGGAGUGAACCUGAAACUCACGGUCUUGGCCCGGCGCCGAGAGCGUCCCAUGCCAGUGCCACACUGAGGGACAAAGGCUACAUCUGCGGAGGUCUGGAGGACACAGCUUUGGACAUCCACUGUCUGGAUCUGGACACUUGGACAUGGACACAGAUUGACCUGCUGUCUUCCUUGGUACCCGUUGGGCGUUCCAUGCACACCCUGACCCCAGUGUCUGACCACACCCUCUUCCUGUUUGGUGGGCUGAGUAUCUCCGGAAAUCCCCUAAAUGAUGGGUGGGAGUUUAAUGUUCAGACAAAGACAUGGAGCGAAAUGAAUCACCGACACCAUGACAAACCCAGGUUGUGGCAUUCAGCAUGUCCUGGCAAGGACCAAGAUGUGGUUGUCUUUGGGGGAAGCCAAGAAUACGUCCUCCUGAUGGACUCACUCACUGUUUUAAGGUCUCCAUCCCAGAAACACUGCAAAGAUGUCCUAGUCUUCCAGACCCAGCCAUACCCCCUUCUAAGAUUAUGUGAAGACUGCAUAGGGCGCCACGCUGAUGUUUUGCAAGUGCAGCUCUCGUGGCUGCCACCCAAACUACAGGAGACUAUUGACAAGAGAGUGUUCUACUUCAGGACACUCCAGGAAAAUAGAAAACUGGAGGAGCUGAUUUUGGAUUGACAUGCAUUGAUAUAUAUAUAGUUGCUGUCAAAAGUUUGUAAAGACUCAUCUAUUCAUUUGAAUGUACUAUGUCUACAAAACAUAAAUUAUUUAAAUUAUCUGUAGGACUGUAAAGAAAUAUUUUACAUUGUUGUACUGACAGUAGGUUUUUUAAUUGUUUUAUUAAAAACAUUUUUGAAAGGUCAUUAGUGGCUGAAUUGGUGAUAAAGCAACAGGUAGCAAUUACCUUGUAAAUAGCAUUCUUUAAUUGGUUAUUUGAUCACUUUAGUUAAUCUGUGAAUCUUUUUUUGUGCAAUUCAUUUAUGCUCUUCAAUAGAAGUCCAUUUCUACUUUAUUUUUUGUUAUUAAAAUGUUUUUGAUUUGUUGGAUGUGCUGUAUGUUAAGUACUUGCUUCUAUAUUCAACAAUACCAACUAGGUACACUUUAGCCAUGACUCAUAUAAAGCAGAAGCAGAGUCAUCAUGGCACUGUGGCAAAUAUGCCACCUGUUUGGUAUGUAAGAAAAACAAGAUACCAGUCCACAAACUUGAAAUAUUCAGUUUAACUCAAGGUAAUGUAUUGGAAUGCUUCAUUACAAAACAUAGAAUGAUACAAAACACCCUUGAAUCCUUGGGAAAUAAUUAAAUUCUUCACUUCGGUCAAGCCGUGUCACACCAACAUUUGUGUGUUAUAUUUGCACACUCUUUGGUAUUUUAUUCAUUACUAAUUCCACUCACCUGUUUUUGCCAAGCCCAAACCAGAUCCUGAUGAUUAAGUGUAACAAUGGUAACCAGUAGAUCAGGGUGGUGUGCUAACAAGAACUUAAAGGGAGUAUUCUCUAUGUAUACAUUUUUAGAAACCCUACUGUUUGAAACAUUUACAAUUGUUAACUGGAAGCCAAUGCCAAACAUUCAAUGUUAGGAAAUAUUUCUGAGGAAUCGGUGAGGCAGAGGAGCAUGCUGCUCAUCUUAACACAGUUGAAGCUUCUCAAUGCUGUUCAAACUUUAUUGCAGAUCAGCAUUCAGUUGCUUGUAUACAACUUAUUUUAUACUUUUUAUAUUAAAUCUUUAUGUUCACUUUAAUACAUUUGGUAAAGUGGUAAAUGGAACUAAGAACAUGGGGUAUAGAAGCACAUCGUCAUUGGCACACAGUUUAACCUAACCCUACUUCGACAAUAUUCCCAAGAGGUUAGACGAAAGGUUUGCAUCUUAAUAUUAUGCCUUGCUACAAAUAAAAUUGGAAAUGGGAAAAAAAAAAUGUAGAUUUUUGAACUGUGUUGUCUUUUCCAAUUUCUGCAAAAUAACUGCCUUUAACCAUUUGUCCAAUGUUUGAACUAUUUCACUACUGAAAUUGAGAACUCGAGGUCCAGCGUGAUGGAUAUUUUAUCCAUUCUGAAUUUUGUGAUAGACACUUAAAACGAUUGACACGCUGCCCUUGA